AUGGCGGAUCAAGUGGAUGAAAACACGGUGAAAGAACUUCUACCGUUUCUCUCGUUAGAUGCUCGUGGCGAUGUAAAAGCAAUAGCACUAGAUUACAUCCUAGGGCUCUCUGGUUCCGACAGUGGCAAGAAAUUUCUUAAGGAAAAUGGCGAGUGUUUGAAACGCCUCUUGGAUUUGACUAAAGAUUCGGAUUUAAGAACAUGUGGGGUUGCCUUUUCAGCGCUAGUGAAUUUAUCAGCGGAACAAGUGAUCGCGGAAAAGCUUUUACAAUACAACUUCAUUGAACAAUUUUUGGUCUACAUGCUUAAACCAAAUAGCGAACACGCGGGAAAAGCAGCGAUGAUUCUUUCCAACAUCACCAGAACAGAAAACGGGUGUAGCGAGGUCUUAAAAGUCACUAAAAACUCAGCGGCUUGUGGCUUGUACAAAAUUGUAGAGGUAUUGUGCAAAGAGAACUACAAUCCUCACUCCAAUUUACAGUAUAUUGCAACCUUCAUCAAUAAUUUGACGCAGGUACAAGAAUUUCGAGACCUUAUUUUAGAUAAAGAUCGUUGCAUCAUCCAACGUCUUUUGCCUUUCACCACCUACAAUGCUUCAGUCAUAAAAAGAGGAGGAAUUGUCGGAACUUUGAAAAAUUGUUGCUUUGAGACAGGUGAGAGGAAGUGUCCUGUUAAUGGUUACAGUUUCUCAGCAGUUUUAGUCAUUUUUAUUUGCUUACUUAUUUACUUGUUAUUAAUCAAAUAAAGAAGCAUAACCUAAUUAAAGUUAAUGUAUCUAUUAUUAUUUAUUUGUUUUCAACACAUUUGCACCUUACAUUCAAAGUAACACUAAAAGCACAUACCGGAGGGUAGUAAGGUUCAACCCUGGGGGUUGGGUUACCCCUUACAAAUCUUGGUGGAGGUGUGCCACUCGGUUCUCCAAAUCCUGACCCUGUUUCGGAUCAAAAAAUGUCAUUUUUCACACCCGUUUUUAGACCUGUUCUCUACAAUCCAUACCUGUUUUUUUUCAGACCUCACUUAGAAACUCGUUUCCCCUGAAUAGUUUUGAAUCAUAUUAUAAAUUCAUGAGGGAAGAAAUGACUGACAUAUAUUGUGUCGUUAGUGGGGUGAAACAUCACUCACUGUCCUAUUGAUCAGUGGUCAUGACGUUACCGGUAGAAUUCCGACAAGUGAAUUUAGCGUCAAACAGGUAUGAAAAGUCCUUUAAAAUGGCAUAACUAAUCAGGAAAAAAAAUAUAGGACUUUUAGAAAGUCUAUAAUCUAAGAAGACUUGCCACAAGUCCACCUCACAAGUGGACCUUGAGACUUUGUCACUAGCUCAGUUGCUGCGUGACCUCAUGCAUUGAAGCUCGCUUAGCUCACUUUUAAGAACUUAUGAGAGGUUGACUUGUAGUCAGUCUUCUUAGAUUAGAACGCCAACAAAAAGGAUUCCUUCAAAUCCACUUCGAAUUCACAUAUUUCUCUUUUUUAAAAUUUCAUUUGGAAUUGAAAUGAUAAAUACAUUCAUACACUCCUGUAGUUUCCUCAAAAACCAUACCUGAUUCCAGACCAAAAUGAGCAAAAUCUGUAUAACCCAUUUUCAGACCAAAACAGCCCAAAAACUCCUUUGGGGUAGAACGUACAUAUAUGGCUUAUGUACGGGAGUACCCCCGGGGUUUCAACCCCACUAACUCUGGAACAGCAGCAGGUUUAUUAGCAAGAGAAAAGCACUGAAUGAUUGCCACACAGUUUUUGGCUGAUUCCUUCUCCAUCAUCAAAUGACAAAAUCUGUCAAACUUGACUGGAAUGCAGGGUGCUCAUGAGGCAUCAGAGAUCAGAGAAUUCUCACUUUACUACACAGAAUUCUCCAACUAAUGUUUGGUGGCUUAUGACUAUUUUUUAUUUAGAUGUGCAGCCUCUUUCAAAAUAUUCCACUCUGACAUUACACCUAGUUUCUCCUGCAACUAGGAUUCUUAAUGAAAACCCAGGGAACGGCAAUGCAAUAGCAGCUUUUGAUAAUCUCAGUGCUUGUCAUUUCAUCAAUAACGAUAAUUUUGUCAUGAUUUCCAUUUCUUCAGAAAUACCCCUUAAGAAACUCACUCUUUUGGAACAAAGUAACUCAGUAUUUCUCAAAUUUUCUUUUUCCUUCAAGAAUCACAUGAAUGGCUAUUAAGUGAUGCUGUGGAUAUCUUACCACACUUGUUACUUCCCCUCGCUGGACCUGAAGAGUUUCCUGAAGAUGACAUGGAGAAACUGCCUCCUGAUCUACAGUAUCUGGGUGAUGAUAAACAGAGAGAAGCUGAUCCUGACAUACGUAAAAUGCUGCUUGAAGCCCUACUACAGGUAGGUAAAAGCCUUGGGGGUGGGGGGUACUUUAGAAGUGUACAAUGUGUUGCUGGGACCCUGUAACCCUUGGCCUAUACCAGACCUAGUUUGGCUGAAGUUUGCUCCCCUAAACUAGACUAAACUCUCAAAAUCCCUCCCUAUCCUUAAGUCGCUAUUUUCUAGAAAUAACUGACGUCAACACUUUCUUUGUGGAUAAACUAUGAUUUGCCAAUUUCAAUUUUUUGAGUGUCAGUUCCCUGUUUCCCUAGUCUAGACUUAGAUCAGUUUCCUGGAAAAUUAUGUCAUAUUCUGACCCAAACUCUCUGAUUCCUACACCCUAUCGCAGACUAAGGUGCAUGAAAACCAUGAUACCCUUCACAACAGCAAAUAUAUAUGGCAGUACCCUCCUCCCCCCCUCCAAUCAUACUUGUUAAAUCGUGAUCCUUGAUAUGCUGAAGACUUACAACAGCUUUUAGAUUUAUUGAUUUCAAUAAAUUUAAAAUCAUUGAUUUUAGAAUCAUUAUAAAAGCAGUCAUUACUGAAUGCGUGAAUGAGGCCAAAUACCGAUCUCGAUCAAAGAAUGAUUUUUUUGGCUUUAUCUGUGCAUUUUAAGACUUUUCAUCUACUCCUGUGUAAUUCAAAGAGAACAUGUACUGAAACUAACUAAACACCACAAAAGCUAACUAUUCUGAUUAUUUGAAAUGGUCUUUAAGUAUGUCAUUUGUAAUUUGAAGGAAAAUAGGAUUAUUGUUGAUAGUGACUGAUUUUUUGACAAUUUGUGCAGAAGACAUGAUCACAGUGAAAUUUAGUUGUAUUUUAUCAGUUGAUGGUAUCAAUCUCUAGUUAUUGACUUGAUUGCUGCACCUGCAGAGGUUAGGGUUCCAAAAAUUAUCCUAGUAAGCCUGAUUUUUUCCAGGUUUUCUUUUGCAACUGCCCAAGUCGAGUCUUUAACAGUGAUGAUUUUCUUUGCAUUUAUGUUGCUGUAUUUGGCAGUCAAAUGAGUCAGAUUUGUUCAGUUAGUCUAUCGGUGUUAGUUUUGCUUGAGUUUAUGAAUGAGUUAUUAUUGAAAAGCUCAGGAGUCAUGCUGGUCUGACUGUAUCAGUCCACCUUGAUUUUAUUCAUAGCUUUGUGCCACCAAACUUGGAAGAGAAACAAUGAGAAAGAAUAAUGUUUACAUUAUCCUCCGCGAGUUAGACAACUGGGAAGAAAAUGAAGAGGCAAAGGAAGCCUGCCUGAAAGUGAUUCACGUUUUGAUCGCAGACGAACCUCAUCCAAGCAGGCAAAACCUGAAGGAAGUCAACAUACCUGCUGAUAUAAAGUUUGAUGAAGAGCUUGAAACCAGCUCAAAAAAUGAUCAACAGUAA